CUUAGCCCGGACAAUUUUUGUAAGGGCGUAAGCAAGAUGUUACGUGACAGAAAAGCUGUAUAAGUACUUGUGUUUAGGGUUCAGGCAUUCAGUCUAUCAGCAAGUUAUUGUUUGAUAUUAGGGUUCGGAGGAGGGUUAGGGUGGGCAUGGCUUGUUCGAGCUAUGGAGGAGUACAAGACGUCCCUGGAAGCUAUGGCUUGCCUAUCAUCGGAGCCAUUGCGGAUCGCUACGACUACUUCGUAAAGAAAGGAGUAGAGCCUUUCUUCAGAAAGCGCAUGGAGAAAUACAAGAGCACCGUGUUCAGAGUGAACAUGCCGCCUGGGCCGCCUAUAUCUCGCGAUCCUCGAGUCAUAAUUCUGCUGGACGCCAAGAGCUUUCCCAUACUGUUCGACACGAGCAAAGUGGACAAGAAGAAUGUCUUCACGGGCGUCUACACGCCCAGCACAAAAUUUACGGGCGGCUACCGGGUACUCUCGUAUUUGGACCCUUCAGAAGAAAAUCAUAGCAAGCUCAAGAACUUCUGCCUCCAUGUACUCAAGGCCAACGCAACCAAAUGGCUUCCAGAAUUCGAGCGGGCCACGGGAGAUUUGUGGGCAAAGCUAGACCAACAAUUUGCCAAGUCCGGCGAGGCCGAAUUUAACAGGGAGAAUCUGCAAAUGUGUUUUAAUUUUCUGUGCAGGUCGGUGCUGGGCAGAGACCCAGCAGAUCCGGGGCAUGCCAGCCUGGGAACGGAAGGGCCUAGUUAUGUCCUCAAGUGGAUUGGGCUUCAGCUCGCUCCCAUUGUGAGCACGGGUGUGCUUCCUAAGUUGUUGGAGGAGAUCACCAUCCACGCGCUCCCUCUACCGUUCCUGCUUGUGCGUGGGGAUUAUAAAAAGGUCUACGAUUUCUUCUGGACUUAUGGCAAACAGGCGCUGGAUUCGGCGGAGCAGCAGUUCGGGUUAAAGCGAGACGAGGCGUGCCAUAAUUUGGUGUUCAACAUAUGCUUCAACGCCUUCGGUGGAAUGCUUAUUUUUUUCCCCGCCCUCAUACAACGUAUUGCCGCCGCGGGCAGGCAGCUGCACGCAGAUUUGGCAGAGGAAAUAAGAGGUAGCAUUAAAGAAAACAGAGGAUUGAACAUGAGAGCUCUGGAGGGCAUGGCGUUGCUCCGUUCGACUGUGUAUGAAGUGCUGAGGAUCGAGCCGCCCGUGCCGUUCCAGUACGGGCAUGCGAAAGAGGAUUUGGUGGUGGAGUCGCACGAUGGGAAAUAUGCGGUGAAGAAGGGAGAGAUGCUUGGUGGGUAUCAGCCCUUUGCAACCAGAGAUCCCAAAGUGUUCCACUACCCCGAUGACUUUCUUCCCCGGCGUUUCAUGGGAGAGGAGGGGGAGAAACUGUUAAAAUAUGUGCUGUGGUCGAAUGGGCCGGAGACCGAGCAGACGACGGUGCAUAACAAGCAGUGUGCGGGGAAGCACUUCGUGGUGAUGAUAUCACGCCUGCUGGUGGCGCAUCUGUUCGUGCAUUACGACUCCUUUGAGAUCAACCCAUCCACAACAACCAAAGUCGUUUUUACCUCGCUGCACAAGGCCACUUCUUAAUACCUCCUCUCUAAUCUUCUAACGUUCCGGAUGUAUGCUUAAUCUUUGCGUCCCUUUACUUACCUACUAGAGGCGUGCCUAAUGUCGAAGGUAUCCGUACAGGACAGAGUGCAUCCUCACAAUUUCCUUUCAAAGUCAAUUUAUGUUUAUAAUGUAGCAGUUUUCGCGUCGAAAGUGCCUAAUGUUUUUAUCAAAAUGCAGCCGGAAAGGAGGGAGUACAUGUUUAUAGACAUUUUUAAUAUUUGGUGGUAAUGGCUGGCAAUUUCCUUUUUAAGUCCAUGUAUGUUUAGCUGAUGGGUCAUAUUUUGUAACAAUUUUCAUCACUACAAGCUGUAUUAUGUAAAGAAAUCAUGUUACUUUUUUC